AUGCCGAAGCUCAUUAGCUACACUCCUCCCUGGCUGUCGCGCCCUGCACCAGGCGCAAGUCUCUUCUCAACCACAUCAACCAAAAAGCCAAGCUAUCUCCCAGAAAAUGAAGCAGAGUAUACUGGUCCGACAAGGGUUCUGGCAAGGCGGGGAAAUGAAGUGUUCACGGUGGUGAAUAACCAAAUCCGCUGGGCGAACCUCACUAGGUUGAAGGACCUAUGGCAACAGCAGUCCAAAUCGAAAAAAGGAAGUUCGGGUCAGCAGCCAGAUGAGGAAUCCUCAGAGCACUAUAGGGUAUUGGUCUUAAUUGUACCCGUUUUUGAGCGAAUCCGGCAGAUGAUACUCUCCCCGAACGGUGCUUUUAUGGCGAUCGUGACAGAUCAUACGGUGUACAUUGCCGUCCUACCGGACUCAUCGCACCUAUCCGGCACGGACCGUGGGUCUAUCCGCCUCAAAUAUUAUCAACUCGGCCCUACUACGCACGUUAUUCCCGAGUCGCCUGUCGUCUCCGCGCUCUGGCAUCCGCUGGGAGUACAUAGCAACCUUGGAGGAUGUCUGAUUACUGUCACCGCAGAUGCUGCUGUGCGUGUUUGGGAACUCGACCGCAAUAAUCAUUGGUCCUUUGACCGACCUACGCUGGCAGUGGAUCUGAGAAAAUUGGUGGACGGAACUUCUUGCGACCAAGAUUUCUCGCCGUCGGGCUUUGGAAAGAACAAAGGAUUCUCAGCGGACUUCUUUGAUAUGGAAGUCGCUUCCGCUUGCUUCGGCGGUAGCGGAAGCGAGAGGGAAAGCGCCUGGGCACCAAUGACUCUGUGGGUUGCCAUGCGACCUGGUGACCUCUAUGCUCUUUGUCCUUUGUUGCCCACCAAAUGGCAAGCGCCUUCAACGACUAUUCCAUCUCUGUCCGCAGCGGUCAUUCCAAAGUUGGCAGCAAUGGAGGAAGAUGCCACGGAGUUUGCGGAUGAGUUGACAGCCUGCCGACAACAGUAUGACUGGCUAUCAGAAAUCGACAACCAGGAUCCGUUGCAUACAGUAGCUGGGUCGGAAUCCGUUCCUGAAUCGGAAAUUCUGACACGACCCGCUAACCCAAGCGCUAUUCCGAGGCUACAGGGACCGUUUCGCGUCGAUACAGGAGACGAGCUCGACGAUUUGGAGCUCUGCGAUCUCCUUGUGGUUGCGCCUAAGGUUGACACGGACGCUCUCAUGAGCGGCGAGGAGGAUGAGCUGGCAAUGGAUGACAAUGAUCAAUUGUCAGCGACUGUUAUCUGUCUUUCGACCCGAAGUGGCAGGGUCCACAUUUGCCUUGAACUGGACGGUGUUGAGGGACAAUGGCUUCCCAAGGCCAAGAAGAAUGCUUUCACCACUCCUCUUUCCGAGCCAUCCGACCUAAUUCUGGUUGAGUCCUUGGAUACAGUCAGAGAAGAAGAUCAGACUACGAAUAACUGGCCGACAUUCACCAACGAUGUCAUCUCCCGAUACAGCUUCUUCGUCACAACCGCGACUAAUGUCACAUCCAUCUCUUUGAGCUCCUGGGUGCAGAGGCUGGAAGCAGAGCUUCAAUCAGAAGACACCGCUGGAACUGCUUUCCGCCUGCAGGUGCUUUGCGAAGGCACGGCCUCAUUACGGGAGCGGAUCAUUCAAGUUGACGAAAGCGAUCGGGUCGUCAAAGACCAGCCAGACCAUUUAGCAUCUUCUCUAGUCUACUAUGACUACGACCUUGGCUAUUUAUUGUUGACCUACCACGCUUCCCACCCAUAUGCCGCCGUCAUGGAUGCGCCAGAAGUCACAUUUGCAGCAAUCGCAGAUGUUGGGCCGAUUGGAGGUCUUAAAGCGCCCACUACCCCUGUCCCACCACCCAAGAGACCUCCUUACCAAGUACCUUCCAUUCUAUACUCCGACUCUCCGUUGGAGUUUUUCGUGGACAAGCACGUUCCUCACCGCCAACGCCAAGCACUCAAGGAGCAAGUGCGAUUAUCCCCAGCAACACUGGAUCUGGUUGCCGCUGCACAUCGGAUACUGUCUGCUCAUACCAAUGCUCUUGAGAGAGCGGCAUCAGACCUUUUCCGUCGCUGUGAGCGUCUACAAGGGGAGAUGCAGGAGCAAUUGAAGCAGCUUUCUGAUGUGGCCGAGCGCAUCCGGGGUGUAUCAAGCGAUAUUGGAGAGGACGGCCAGCGACGGGAAGGCGCGAGAAGUGACGAGGCACUGGACAAGAGACUCCAGACUGCAAAGGACAAGCAGAUGCAAUUGGUUGAGAGAUACGAGAAUCUCCGUAACAAGGUCUUGAAGUCGGGUGGCCGUCCGCUCAGCGAGAAAGAGAAGUCAUGGCUAUCGGAAGUAGAGACAUUAUCCGCCUCGCUUGAAAAGCAUGCAGAGAAGAAGGAAGAACAGGAGAAGGAUGAAACCUUGCCUCAACGCCUGGAGACUGUCAAGGAGAUCGCAGCCGAUCUGCUGGCAGAGGCCAAGUCGGUUGCAGCCAAGUCCCCUGUCGCAGCUGAGCCUGGGACUCCGUCAUCUCCGUCUGCUGCUGGGCCACGAGUUCCGCAGAGACUACAAAGAGCGAAGAUCUCCGAUGCCAUGAGAAUGGUCGAGCGAGAGUCUGCUGUUAUAGAGGCUAUCACGUCUCGGUUGAACCGACUCAAUGCAAGCAUUUAA